GAUAGUAAACAAGAACAAUCAUAUGUUUCAGUUUCAGUCUUAGUGACAGAUAGUGGUAAAAGCGGUAUUUCCUCAACUUGACUAUUAAUUUUUUAUAAACUAUACCAUUGAGAACUGGAAAAAAGGAUGCCAUACAAUAUUUAUGUCAUCAAUGAAGGCUACUCUCGCAUGGUCAACAAAUCCACAAUGGCUGCCAAUUGUACCAGCACCCUGAUCAAGGGACCAAAUAAUAUCAUUGUCGACACAAUGACCCCUUGGGAUAAAGAUAUCAUCAUAAAUGGCUUGAAGAAACACAAUGUAAGUUGUGAAGACAUAAGUCAUGUGAUUUGUACUCAUGGACACUCUGACCAUAUCGGCAACAACAAUUUGUUUGUCAACGCGAAGGAACACAUUGUUGGGUUCAGCAUCAGCUACAAGGACCAGUACAAGCUGCAUCCGUUUGAGUCCGGAGAAGAGUACAAGAUCGAUGAAGACAUCACCAUUCUCCCAACGCCAGGACACACAUCUGACGACAUAACCGUUCUUGUUAGAACCUCACACUAUGGCAUUGUCGCUGUAGCAGGUGAUCUGUUUGAACGGGAGGAAGACUUAAAUGACCCGAGUCUUUGGCGAGAAACAGCAGGCAGUCAGUUUCCAGACAAACAAGAGGCCAACCGUAACAAGAUCCUUGCUUUAGUGGAUUAUAUAGUUCCUGGCCACGGCCCCAUGUUCAAGGUCUCGCAAGAGAUUAAAGACCAGUUGAAAUCCAGUUGACUAAUUUAUCAUUUCAAUAAAAUAAAAUGUUAAAUGA